AAAGAGCUGCUCUGUAGCCGUUUUAGAACACACACACACACACACACACACCCCCAUCUGAAGGUCUCCAGGGUCGUGUUUCAUCUCUGAACUUUUUCGUCUUCCUCCUUAGUUUCUCCUCUUUUUCAUGAAGGUCCCACAAACUCACCUCUUUGAUAUAAAACUGGUUUUUGAGGUGACCGGUUAUUAACGUAAGACUACAGGCUAAUUUCUGACUCCUAAAAACGGAACCGGGUCAGACAGAACCGUAAUGACGCCCCCCCUGCUAUGAACAUGGUGGUGGAGGCAUGAUGAUAUGUGAUGGUUUAGCACCCACCUUGAUGAAAGUCCUGCCGGGCUGGAGACCUGAGGGUCAUCCUGGAAGCUGCUGGUUCUGGAGUGAGGCGGAGUUCUUUGGGUCUGUGGGGGUCUUGGCCUGCCCCCUGCGUCAGUGGGUGUCGUCUAGACCCCCCCCCCCCUCCUCCGAUCCGAGUCCAGUCUCAGACAGAAGCCUUCCUGUGGACCAGCAGAGUCUGGGUCCCAGUCCAGCGCCUCUGUACCGGUUCUGAGUCCGCUUCUGACCGGACCCGCGCGGGACCAUGCUGCUGCACGAGCUGCUGCUGUGGAGUCUGUCCGCUCUGUGUGGGAGCUUUGUCUUUGGCCGGCCUCCGCGCUCAGGAGAAGACGGGCCUUCAGGAACGACAGACGCUCGUUCCAGCCCCCCCUACGCACCAAUGUCCGGCUCCUGUAGGAGCAGGUGUUUCGAGCUGGUGGAAGUGGAGCCCCCCAGCUGUCGCUGUGACAACUUGUGUAAGACGUACCACGGCUGCUGCUCGGACUUUGACCAGCUCUGCCUGCGGACAGAUGGAGGUUAUGAGUGCAGCAAGGAUCGAUGUGGAGAGACUCGCAACGAUCAGCACGCAUGCCACUGCUCUGAUGACUGCCUGUCCAGAGGAGACUGCUGCACAAACUACAGGAAACUCUGUAAAGGGGAGCCUUCAUGGCUGCAGGGGGAUUGUGAGGAGAUGAAGAGCGCAGACUGUCCGGCGGGGUUUGUGCGACCCCCCCUCAUCAUCCUGUCAGUGGAUGGAUUCAGGGCGUCCUACGUAAAAAGAGGGAGCACUGUCAUACCCAACAUUGAGAAGCUCAGAACAUGUGGAACCCAUGCCCCCUACAUGAGGCCAGUUUACCCCUCCAAAACCUUCCCCAAUCUCUACUCGAUAGCUACAGGUCUCUAUCCGGAGUCUCACGGCAUCAUAGGAAACUCCAUGUAUGACCCACAGUUUGAUGCUUUCUUCAACUUGAGGAGCCAAGAAAAACUGAAUCACCGCUGGUGGGGAGGACAACCAAUCUGGAUCACAGCAGUUAAGCAGGGAGUGAAAGCUGCCACCUUCUUCUGGCCUGUUUCCGUUCCUAUAGAGAGAAGGAUACUGACCAUGCUGCAGUGGCUCCACCUUCCUGAUGGAGAAAGGCCGUAUGUUUAUGCAAUGCACUUUGAGCAGCCAGACAUAUACGGACACAAAAUGGGGCCCAUGAGUGCAGACCUGAACAACCCUCUGAGGAUGAUCGACAGAAUAGUUGGUCAGCUGAUGGACGGGCUGAAGCAGAUGAAACUGCAUCGAUGUGUCAACGUCAUCCUGGCGGGGGAUCACGGUAUGGAAGAGGCCCACUGCGACCACACUGAGUUCCUCAGUAACUACAUGAGUGUGGAUGACAUUGCCCUCAUACCUGGAACCCUCGGCAGGAUCCGAGCCAGAUUCCACAGCAACCAAAAAUAUGACCCAAAAACUGUAGUUGCCAAUCUAACAUGUAAGAAAGCAGAGCAGCACUUCAAGCCUUACCUGAAACAGCACCUGCCGAAGAGGCUGCACUACGCCAACAACCGCCGCAUCGAAGACGUUCACCUGCUGGUGGACAGGAGGUGGCAUGUUGCAAGGAAAGUUCCUGAGGGGAGGAGGCACUGUGGCUUCUCUGGGGACCAUGGAUAUGACAACAAGAUCAACAGUAUGCAAACAAUAUUCUUGGGUUAUGGACCUGCGUUUAAAUUUAAGAUGAAAGUCCCAGUCUUUGAAAACAUCGAGCUUUACAACGUCAUGUGCGAUCUUCUGGGUUUGAAACCGUCUCCAAACAAUGGAACCCAUGGCAGUCUCAAUCACAUGCUCAAAAGCCCCCCAUUCAAACCUGUGAUGCCAGAGGAGGUGUCCAGGCCGUUGCCUACCAGCACUGUUCCCAUGGUAACAGAUGAUUUGGGCUGCAGCUGCGAUGAAAAGUUGCGUGUAAAAAGUAGGGGCCAGAGAGGUUUGAAAGUGACCCUUGUACGAGGCUAUAACCUGGAGUCACUCUGGCUCUGUCUCUUACAGAACCAAGUGGAGGAGCUAAACCAGCGAUUGAGGCAAGCUAUUGAUGACAGCAGGAACCUGCCUUUUGGGCGACCAGCUGUCAUCUUUCGCACUAAAUACUUCGUCCUCCACCAUGUAGACUACAUCAGCGGUUACAGUGAGGCUCUCGCCAUGCCUCUGUGGACUUCAUUCACCGUUAGCAGACAGGUGGAGAUGUCUCCUGUGCCUGAAGCUCUGUCCACCUGUGUGAGGCCGGACGCCAGAAUGCCUCCAGCCUCCAGUCAGUCCUGUACCAACUACAGAGCAGUCAGACACGUCACAUCUGCUUUCCUGUACCCACCGCAACUGUCAUCAACCUGGGACAGAAAGUCAGAAGCUGUCCUCAUCACAAACACUGUACCCAUGUUCCCUGCAUUCAAGAGGAUAUGGGUCUACUUUCAGAAAGUCCUGGUGAAGAAAUAUGCAACUGAAAGGAAUGGAGUGAACCUUCUCGUUGGACCCAUAUUUGACUACAACUAUGAUGGAGUCAGAGACUCGACUGAGACGAUGAAGGAGUAUGUGAGUGGACCCUUUGCCAUUCCCACGCACUUCUUUGUGGUUCUGACCAGCUGCUUGGACUACACCCAGACUGCAGACGCCUGCACCGGCCCGCUCAGCAGCGCCGCCUUCAUCCUACCACACAGACCCAACAAUGACGAGACCUGCAACAGCUCAGAGGACGAGUCUCGCUGGGUGGAGGACCUGAUGAAGAUGCACACGGCACGGGUCAAAGAUGUGGAGCUCCUGACAGGCCUGGACCUGUACCGCAGAACCCCCCGGAGCUAUGCUGAGAUUCUGUCCCUCAAGACUUACAUGCACACAUACGAGAGCGAGAUCUGACUUUUACACAAACUGCUGCAUCCUGGGAUUGUCACGUCGGUCGCCUCCAUGAGGCUGCAGCGCAGGUGGAACCGACCUGUUACUCUUUCACUUUGGUGUUUGGCAUUGGUCCUACCAGCUGCUGUUGAAACUGGCCUCAGUACGUUGUUCACCAUGAAGUGGAAGGGAUUUGAAAGCAUCACAUUCCCCUCUGAAGCACUGAAGCAGGCCUGCAGCAGUGAGGCCCCAACCAUCCCCUCAAUUCAAAGCAAACCACUUUCCUUCUUCUGGUCUAAGACGCUUUCUCUCUGCUGUCAUGCUUGGGUGGAUUUUAUUUUGUGCACAUUAAUGAUGUUGAUCCUAUUUUUCCAUUAAAAAAUACCACUGUCCUAUUUAAGGAACACAUACAUUCCUUCCCAAUAAAAAUGUUCUUAAUUAAAGUGAUGUCGAUGAGCAGUUCAUGUCUUUUUAUGCGCAUGAUGUGUUUGUGCUUUUGUGAGGAGCAAUAAACAAUGAAAGCCUCCGUAA